AUGCCAUCACCGUUCAAGGCUUGGUCAGCCAUCAAAAAGCUGACGGGCAGGAAAAACGCCAACGAAACCACCACCACCGCCAAACCCAAAACCCCCAUCGGCACACUCGCCAUCCUCGACUGGAUAGUCUACGGCCUCCCCUUGCUCGUCUUCCUAUUCUUCGUGCUCGUCAUCGCCGGCUGCCUGGGCACCUCCCCGGGCAUCCCGAACCUGUACCUCGUGUCGCUGACCGAGGGUGACCUGAGCAUCCGCGUCGGCUACUUUGGCAUGUGCUUUGCGCGCACCAACGCCACCGUCGGCGAGGCCUGCACCUCCACCUUGGGCCUGACCCCCGACGAGAUCGCCUCGCGCGUCCUCGAGAACCCCUCGCCCUCCGACGCGCUGCCCUCCUCCCUCAUCGCCACCGCCAAGGACCUGCAGCGCGACAUCCUGGCCCCGCUGUUCCCGGCCGUGGGCAUCGCCUUCGUCGCUGCCCUGGCCGCCCUGGGUGGGCUGUGGCGUCUGCGCAGCGCCGGAAAGGCGUCUGAGCCCGUCUACUGGCGUCUGCGGCGCGCGGCGCUGGCGCUGCUGUUUGCCGGCGUCGCCCUCGCCCUCAUGUCGGCCCUGUCCACCACCCAGACCGUCGCGGCCGUCAAGUGGGCCGUCACCGAGGUGCACGACGGCCUGAGCGGCGCGUCCAGGACCGCCGGCCGCGGACAGGCCGUCGAGGCUCUGCAGUGGGUCACCGCCGUGCUCAUGGCCGUCUUUGCCGUCCGCCUGGCUGCAGUUUACCGGAACCCGACCUCGGCUGGUGUUGCGGUCCAGGACGUCGAGAUGGGUCCGAGGGAGGACCACCACCGUCCAGGGAACCGCGCGUCUUCCAUGUACUCGAGGUAA